AACAUCAGUAACUUCCGUUAGUGAAGGAGAGCUCUGUUCCAGUUUUGCGACAACACCUGAAACGAUAGUGAUCGUUGUAGGCGGUUAAUUUCCCGCCAUUACUUGCUAUUUUUAACAAAACUGGAGAUUGUUCCCUAUCCACUAUGACGGAUAAUCAGUAUUCGAGUUACCAACAACAGGGGUACAAUCAAUACAGUCAACCCCCUCCGACAGCAGGACAGGAUACAUCUUAUCCACCACCUUCUACCGGUGGUGGUAAUUACAAUCAAUAUAGUCAACCCCCUCCUAAUACCGGAGCUGGUUAUGGGAAUUAUAAUGCUUACAAUACCGGAGGUGGCCAAGAUUACAAUCAAUCACCUGGUCAAAGCGGUUAUGGACAAAACAGUUACAGUGGCAGCAAUUCUGGUAACAGCGGUAGUGGAAGUUAUGGAGGAGGAGGAGGAGGAGGAAGUUACAGUCAUGGAGGAAGCAGUAACAGUGGUGGUGGUGGAUACAAUCGUAGCAACUCUAGUGGAGGAUACGGUGGAGGCCAAGGUGGCGGAGGAGGUAGAUAUGGGGAUCGUGGAGGAUAUGGAGACCGCUCUGGUGGAGGAUACAACAGUGGCGGUGGCCGAGGUGGUUAUAACAAAGGGGGCUACGGUGACCGUAACAGUGGUGGUGAUGGAAUGGUCGUGCAAGAAGAUACCAUUUUCGUGUCUGGAAUGGAUCCAUCUAUUUCAGAAGACGAAAUUUGUGAACAUUUUGGAGCUAUUGGAUUAAUUAAACACGAUAAACGCACUGGGAAAGCAAAAGUGUGGAUGUACAAAGAUAAAAAUACUGGAAAAUCUAAAGGAGAGGCAACUGUAACUUACGAUGAUCAAAACGCUGCGCUCUCGGCCAUAAAAUGGUUCGACGGAAAGGAUUUCAAGGGUUGUAAAAUUAAAGUACAAAUAGCACAGCAUAAGAGUAGUUGGCAAGGUAAUCGUAGCAGUGGUGGUCGCGGAAGCGGUGGCAGAGGAAGAGGAGGUGGUGGAUUUGGUGGACGUGGAGGAGGUGGUGAUAGAGAUGAUCAUUAUCGUGGCGGUGGUGGUGGUGGUAGUGAUGAUCGUCGUGAUGGUGGAGGACGUGGUGGUGAUUGGAGGUGUCCAAAUCCAGACUGUGGUAACACAAACUUCGCUUGGCGAGAUCACUGCAAUCUCUGUAAAAGUUCUAAACCAGAAGGAGCUGGUAGCGGAGGUGGUGGCGGUGGUGGUGGCGGCGGUGGCGGUGGUGGUGGCGGAAGAGGAGGUGGUGGCCGUGGAGGAGGUGAUCGAGGCAGUCGUGGUGGAUUCCGAAGUGACAGGGGUGGUGGCCGAGGAGGAGAUAGAGGAGGAAGAGGUGGAGGAUUUCGUGGUGGCGACAGAGGUAGAGGAGGUGGACGCGGCGGACCAAUGAGAGGAGUUGGCGGACGUGGAGAUAGAGACAGAGACCGUCAACGACCUUAUUAAAUUUGUAUUCAUCUAACAAUUUGAAAUGCGUUGUUUUAUUAACAACAGUCUAUACAUACAUAAAUACGUACAGAAAAUUCCUUUCCCUCUCACACAAACAUACACUCACAUACAGUGUAUAGACAUUAUAUAAAUAUUUUGUACGCACUCUUCUUGGAGUUAUGUACAUUAUUUCUCGACAAAAAAAAAAAUAAUCAUGACGGAUUAUGUCAUUACCAUUCAGUUUUGUCACAUAGUUUUUAUAUUCACUAAA